AUGGCUGACGAAGAACAUAACUUCGAGGUUGCUGAUGCAGGUUCCUCCUUAACUUACCCAAUGCAAUGUUCUGCUUUAAGAAAGAAUGGUCACGUUGUUAUUAAGGGUAGACCAUGUAAGAUUGUCGACAUGUCCACCUCUAAGACCGGUAAGCACGGUCACGCUAAGGUCCAUUUGGUUGCGAUUGACAUUUUCACCCAAAAGAAGUUGGAAGAUUUGUCUCCAUCCACUCACAAUAUGGAAGUUCCAGUUGUCAAGAGAAACGAAUAUCAAUUGUUAGAUAUUGAUGAUGGUUACUUAUCCUUAAUGAACAAUGACGGUGACAUGAAGGAAGACGUUAGAGCACCAGAAGGUGAAUUAGGUGACAAGUUACAAGCCGAAUUCGACGAAGGUAAGGAAUUGAUUGUCACUGUCAUUACUGCCAUGGGUGAAGAAGCAUGUAUCUCUUACAAGGAAGCUCCAAAGGGUAACUAA